AUGCCACUUAAAAUAAAUGUGUUUGCUAACCUAAUAGCACUUUGCAAGACUAAAAGUGUGUUUGCAAUAUUUCAUAUGUUAAUUUAAAUGGAUUAUGUGAAAAAUGUCCCUUAAAUUGUUAUAAAUGCAUAACUAAAACUAAUUGUAAAGUAUGUAAAUAUGGAUAUUAUCUUGAUAAAAAUGGGGUUUGCACAUUUAAUUUUUCAAUUACGCACUAGACGUAAUUGGAAAAAAUUAACAUUUCGCUUUAAAAUUCUCAGUUAAGUUAUUAUCAAAAUACCCAAUUUAAAAGUAAGUUUAGGUUAAUUUAAUCUUGUUCUUAAUAUUGUGUUUAAUGCUCAUCUCCUACAGUCUGCACUAAAUGCUAAGAUGGAUAUUAACCAAAUGGUUUAUACUAUUGUAUUAGUUUAUGUUAUUAGAAUGCUUCAUGCUAUUGCAAUAAAUAACCAUAUUUAUGCGACUAAACUGGAAUAAACGCAGUUUAUUGCAAUUCAGGAUAAUAUAAAAAUUACAAUGGAGUAAUAGUAUCAUGCCCAUCGAAUUGUAGUUUACUACCUGCAGGUGUAACUUGCACCAUUUGCUAACCAACAAAUGGAUUUCUUAAUAUAGUAGACGGUACUUGUGUUUUUGAAUGUCCAAGUACAUUUAUAAAGAACACUUCAAAUAAUAGUUGUGAGUGCCGUCCUAAUAGUAGUUUAUCUGGAAAGUAAUGCCUUUGUAACACAGGUUUUGGAGAUAAAGGAGUUGAUUGUGUAAGAUGUCCUACAAAUUGUAAUAGUUGCUCCUCUGAAACAUAAUGCACUACUUGUUAGUCAAAAUACUACUUAUUUAUUGAUGGUACUUGUGUUUCUUCAUGUCCUUCUCCAUUUAUUUCUAACGAUUCAACUUAAUCUUGCGAUUGUCCUUCUAAUAGCUCCAAACAAUCAUCCAAUAAAUGUAUUUGUAACACAGGUUUUAUUGAUGUAGGAGGUAAAUGUGAAUCAUGUCCUAAAAAUUGUAAUAAAUGCUCCUCGGUAAAUUAAUGUACUACUUGCUAGUCAAAAUAUUACUUAUUUAUUGAUGGUUCUUGUGUUUCUUCGUGUCCUACUACAUUUAAAUCUAAUGAUUCUACUUAAUCCUGUGUUUGUCGACCUGAUAGCACCAUAUCACCAAAUGCUAACAAAAAUUAAUGUCUUUGUAACAAUGGUUUUGUAGAUCUAGGUAGUGAUUGCAUAUCAUGUCCUACAAAUUGCGAUACAUGCUCCUCUGAAAAAUAAUGCACUACUUGCUAGUCAAAAUAUUACUUAUUUAUUGAUGGUUCUUGUGUUUCUUCAUGUCCUACUACAUUUAAAUCUGAUGAUUCAACUUAAUCUUGUGUUUGUCGACCUAAUAGCUCGAUAUCUCCAAAAAAGCAAUGCCCUUGUAACACAGGUUUUGUAGACAAAGCAGGUGAUUGUGUAUCAUGUCCUAUAAAUUGCGAUAUAUGCUCAUCUUAAACAUAAUGCACCACUUGUUAGUCAAAAUAUUACUUAUUUAUUGAUGGUACUUGUGUUUCUUCAUGUCCUACUACAUUUGUUUCUAAUGAUUCAACUUAAUCUUGUGUUUGUCGUCCUAAUAGCUCCAUAUCACCAGGAAAUUAAUGUGCUUGCAAUACUGGUUAUAUUGAUGUUUCUGGCAGUUGUUUAGCAUGUACUGCAAAUUGCCUUAAUUGCGCUUCAUAAAAAACCUGUAAGGUAUGUGCCUCAGGAUAUUACUUAUUUCCAGAUGGAACUUGUGUUAAUCCGUGUCCACCUACUUUUUUAAUUGAUAAAUCUAACUAAUCAUGUACUUGUCGUGUUAAUAGUACAUUAUCAGCAAAUGCAUGUCCUUGUAAUACUGGCUACAUAGAUUUAGGAAGUGAUUGCUUACCAUGUGGAUCAAAUUGUGAUCAAUGUUCAACAUAAUCAACUUGCACUACAUGUUCUAUAGGAUAUUUAUUGUUUGUAGAUGGUUCUUGUGUUUCUAAAUGCCCACCCACAUUUACUGUAGAUUCUACUAAUACAAAAUGUAUCUGUCGUAGUAAUAGUUCUCUAUAAAAGUAAGAUAAUUUUAUUUUAAUAUUUAAAAAGUGAUGAAUUUAUUUUAAUUUAGCAAAACUUAAACUUGUCCUUGUAACGUUUAAUAUUUAGAUGUUUUAGGUGUUUGCUAAUAGUGCCCUUCUAAUUGUGA